GGAGCCCGAUUUUUUUGUCGGUCUCUCUCUCCCGAAUCUUCGUUACAACUAUUUCCGUCUCUACGCUCGCUCCAGAAGACUAGAAGGUUCAGGACUCCCAUAUUUCCUAUUCGACGCCAGACCACCUUCUGCCUCUCCGUUCCGCUUCCUUCCUAUCGCUCUGCACCGCUUUGUUCUCUUUCACAACGAUCUAGGUUGCGAUCUGCUUUAUUAGAGACCUGAAAACUUUGGACUAAUCCUGCCGAGCCGAUUGACUGAGACUGGGGUUCCAAAUUGGGCUUCGACAUGUGUAUCUGACGAAAAAGAGGAGGUCUGAAUUUAGGAAAAAAAAAAAAAAAAGAGAGGAGGGGAGCCCAAUACAUGAUCCAGGUAGAAAUAGUUAUGUAAUUGGGACUUAUAUAUUGGACUAGGUUGUCCAUGGCAUAACUCAGACGUGUAUUGUUCGGCAUAGAGAAAGAAGAGGAAGUCUGAAUUUGGGAAAAAAAUUGAGCUGGGAAAGCAAAUAUGAGGUCCAGGGUAUCAAAUGCCACAGUUCAAUGUGAGCAAGAGGACACAAAAGCAUUGAUGAGACGAACGCAGAUAAGUGAAAGAAUGAGGAAGCUGUGGGAUCUUUUCCCAAACAUGGACAAGCAAACGAACACGGCACAAAUAUUGAAGUUGGCGGUUCAGUACAUUAAAGACCUGCAGAAAGAGGUUAAGCUCUCUACAAUCAGGAACAGUUGAACAACUCAUCAACACAAACAAAACAUAGAACAUUUUGGUGACAACUAGCCUUUUUUACAAUUGUGCUGAGCAAUUUUGGAUACUAAGUGCAUCUUUUUUAACAAAAUUGUGUUGUGCAAUUUUGGAUAGUAAGUGCAUCUUUUUACGAUUGUGUUGAGCAAAUGUUGGAUAGUAACUGCAUUUUAGCAAUUUUGCAUAGCCAUUUUUACAAUUGUGUUGAGUAAUUUUGUAUAGUAAUUUGCUAUGUCACCCGCUGCAACACGUUUUGCCUCAAGGGAUGAUAUGACAUCUCUUUCACUUUGUCCAUUUAGAUUAGCCUGAAAUAGACUGAGCCAAAUCACAAUGAUGGUCAAAAAUUUCCUAGCCCGCAGCAACGCGUGGGUGAUUGACUAGUUCUGAAGAUUGAAGGUACUAUUAUCUGCGAUCAUAUCUUUUACAGAUUCAUUGCUGCAUUGGUGGUGCUCUCCAAUAUUGGGUUAACGUUCUUUUCAAUACUAGCAUAUGCAAUCAAGUCUACUUUCUAUGCUACUGUAUUCUGCAGUACACAAAGCUUCAUUCUUCGUUUGGUUGGCCAAGUCCUAUCUUCAAGAAAUUCUACCAAUCUCAGUUUGGUACCCUAACUGAGAUUGAGGGGAGGUGUUGACAUGGUUAGUGAUUGUUGCUGACAUGGAGCUAGCUGAUGGCAUUUCUCAUUUUCUGAUGUAAUAAUUGUUGUUUUUCUUUAUUUCUGCUGCUACUAAAUACUCUAAGGCCUGUCAUAUUUUAGUUACACUUUCAUAAUUCAAAGACUAAGAGAAUAUUCCUCC